UGUGCGACUGGGGGAGGCGGUGUUUGUGCCCGGGGCGCGUUGCGAGUUUGAAUCCACAGCGGCGGCGGCAGCAGCAGCGGCGGCGGCGGCGGCUGCUCGGGCGGGAGCUGCCGCGGACGCGAGGGCGCAGUCCUACAGGAAGGUAUGAAGAAGAGUGUUGUUGCAGAUACUAAGAAUUUCUUGGAAGAGAAGAAACCAAACACAAAAACCACUGCUGUUUGAUACGUGAUCUUGGGGCUAAGAUGGAUAGCGCAGAGGAACCUCAGAAAAAAGUCUUUAAAGCACGAAAAACCAUGAGAGUAAGUGAUCGGCAACAACUCGAAGCUGUCUAUAAGGUUAAAGAGGAGCUGUUGAAGACAACUGAAGUGAAACUGGUAAAUGGAAAACAUGAGAAUGGAGACUCUGAUAUAAAUUCCCCUUUAAGCAAUACAGAUUGUACAGAAGUCAAGAAAGAAAUUAAUGGUGUGGUUGACUUGUGUGUUAACUCUGAAGAAGGAAGAACAGCUUGUGAUGAAAUUAGUGAGACCAAAAGCCCUGAAAGUAGGGCAGGAAACAUGGCCAAUGACAUAGAAUCCAAACCUCCAGCGCUGUCUUCAGAAAAUGUUACACCUGAACAAGCUCAAGAUACUGACAUUGCAGUAAAAUGUGAGGCUGAAAAUGGAGUUGGUAGCAGUAAAGAUAACUUCCAUGAAGAAAAUAAUAAAAAAGAUCAUUUGGACCAAAGAAAGAAUGAUAUCCCAUUGGAAGGUGAAAGUAAACCAGUCUGUGAUAUUAGUGACUCUUCUGAAGAGAAGGGAGAAACAGAUUAUUUACCUGUUAAUUCAAGUUCAUCUGGUGAGGAAAAGAGGACUGAAGAAGUAACUGCUGAAGAGGUUGUUGGAGAAGCAGCCAUCUCUAGCAGUAUGGAAGCUGACCAGGAAAAACAAGAAGGCAGUGCAGGACCUGCAGAAACCACUGUUUCGAAGACAAUAGAUGAGCCAAGUGAAAGUAUCUUAGACAAUACGGACUCUAUGGAAACAGAUGACAUUAUUCCAAUUCUGGAAAAACUAGCCCCUGCUGAAGAUGAUCUGAGCUGUUUUUCUAAAAGUUCUCUGCUUCCAGUGGAUGACACAGUCGCAGAUUUAGAAGAGAAAAUAGACAAUUGUUUGGGUUCACCAUCCAAGCAGGAAAGCAAUGAAAGCCUGCCAAAAGAGGCUUUCUUAGUACUGUCUGAUGAAGACGAUCCCUGUGAUGAGAAGGAGGAACUUGUUGAAGGGAUAUUGCCAAACAAGUCAAGUCUUCCAGAAGAGGUGGAGGGGGAGAGAAAAAAGGAAUGUGAAGAUAAAGAGGAAGAAGAGGCUCACAAAGAAGAGGAGAUACAAAUAGAGAAAAAUGAAGCAUCAAAGAGAAAGCGUUCCAAAUCUGAGGACAUGGACAAUGUUCGUUCUAAACAUCGUCGGUACAUGGGAGAAGAUUAUGAAGCAGAACUCCAAGUCAAAAUUACUGCCAGAAAGGAUGUUGACCUAAAAUUACAAAAGAUUAUCCAGAGACUGUUAGAAGAAAAACUUACCGCUUUACAGUGUGCAGUAUUUGACAAGACUCUGGCAGACUUGAAAACCCGAAUGGAGAAAGUAGAAUGCAACAAAAGGCAUAAAACUGUGCUUACUGAAAUGCAGGCUAAAAUUGCAAGAUUGACAAAGCGGGUUGGAGCAGCCAAGGAGGACUUGAAGAAGAGACAGGAAAAUGUGGCAAAUGCACCUGUAUCUCCAGCGAAAGCAGCACCCGACCCUGCAAAUGUAAACAAUGCCACGUGCCGAAAUGCUGGCACAGUAAGGCAGAUGCUGGAGUCAAAGAGGAAUGUGGGAGAGAGCACACCAGCAACUUUUCAAGCCCCUGCGAAUCCAGUGCCUGCUUCCAGUCUUGCUGCUUCUCCAGCAGUUGUCAGUGGACUUCCUAAGCUUCAGACUCCAGUGUCCUCCACCAGCUCUUUGACAACAGCAGUGCUUCCCACAGCUAACACGGCUACAGUUGUAGGCACUAACACAGUGCCCACUGGCAGCACUCAGUCAGUGUCUGUCUCAUUGCAGUCUUUGCCUGUAAUCCUGCAUGUACCUGUGGCAGUGUCAUCCCAGACUCAGCUUCUGCAAGGCCACACAGGGACUUUGGUCUCUAACCAGCCCUCAGGCAACGUUGAAUUCAUAUCUGUACAAAACUCAUCUACAGUUGGUAGCCUUACCAAAACGACAGUGUCUUUGGCAUCAACUAACACAACUAAACCAAAUAACAUCCCACUUGUGCCCAGUCCUGGUAUUCUAAGGAACUCUGCAGCCAGUGCUGGGUCUAUAGGCACAACGUUGGCAGUACAGGCUGUUCCUACUUCACAUCCUGUUGCCCAGACCACAAGGACUUCUUUGCCUGCAGUGGGUACUCCAGGACUUUAUAAUGCGACUGCCAGUCGAGCGCCCCUACAGAUGAAGCUUCCUCUCUCUGCAUUUAAUAGUACAGCUCCUACUGAACCACCCCCCCUUGCAGCACCCAAGAUUGAAAACCAGACAAGCAGGCCACCAACAGAUACUUCGUCAAACAAGCGACCUGCUGAGGGAACAACACAGAGCGGGAAGUUCACAGGAAGUGAAUCAGGAGGUGUCAUUGAUCUUACACUGGAUGAAGAGGAUGACAGCUGCUCUCAAGCAGAUGGCAAGAAGCAGAAGCAGAACCAGAGCCAGGCACCUGUGCCAGGACUGAGCAUACCCACCCAGCCCUUGACUCGACCCCUGCAGCCUAUGCCACCUUUGCAGCCAAGCCCUGUGCAGCAGCCAGGUGUGCCAACAAGUGGCCCUUCCCAGACCACCAUCCAUGUGUUACCAACAGCGUCGACAGCGGUGAAUGUAACUCAUCGGCCCGUGGCUCCAGCUAAUCCCAAGCUUCCUAUCCCAAGAACCCCUGCUAACCAUCAGGUGGUCUAUACCACUAUUCCUGCCCCACCAGCCCAGAAUCCUGUAAGAGGAGCUGUCAUGACCAGCCCGGGCUUAAGGCCAGUCACCCCACAGACUGGAGGUGUGACCGUGCGGAUGCCUCAGACGACCUACGUGGUGAACAACGGGCUGGCUCUGGGCUCGGGAGCACCUCAGCUCACGGUGCACCACCGACCGCCGCCGCAAGCGCACACUGAGCCACCACGCCCCAUACAUCCUGCUCCACUUCCAGAGGCACCACAGCCACCACGUCUGCCCCCCGAAGCCGCCAACACUUCUCCACCUCAAAAGCCACAGCUGAAGCUGGCCCGGGUACAGAGCCAGAACGGGAUUGUGCUGUCGUGGAGCGUGAUGGAGGUGGACCGGAGCUGUGCCACCGUGGACAGUUACCACCUGUAUGCCUACCACGAGGACCCCAGCGCCACCAUGGCCUCGCAGUGGAAGAAGAUCGGGGAGGUGAAGGCGCUGCCGCUGCCCAUGGCGUGCACCCUGACUCAGUUCGUGUCUGGCAGCAAAUACUACUUUGCAGUCCGGGCUAAGGAUGUCUAUGGACGCUUUGGACCCUUCUGUGACCCCCAGUCCACAGAUGUGAUCUCUUCCCAGAGCAGUUAAACUAGAGAUCUUUGGACCCUUGAAACCUGUCCUGCUAUCAAGAAUUACCCCAGUUCUGGGAGGAGUUGAUCCCAUGCAUGUAAUUCACCUUUAAAUCCACUCUGCAGGAUUAUUUUAGACAGUUGUGUGAUACACUACAUGCACUCAGAACCAACAGAAAAAUAAAGUCUGACCUGCAGCAAGAGAGCCUGUUUUUUCUAAAUAGUUCAUGCCAUUGGCCAUUUGAAAAUUUUGAUUUUCCUUCCAUGACAGGUGUUCACCUAGAUACCUACUAUCCUUUAUUGAAGAGCAUCCUGAAUGCCUGGGGUUCUGCUUCAGAAUGGAAACAAAAUAGUAAAUUGCAGUUUGUCUGAAGUAAAACAUAUAAAUCUGUAAUGUCUGUUGAGACACCAACACAAGGGCAAAAAAGAUCUGCCUCUUGCCCCCCCAGCAUUCUGUGACAUAACAUGAAGGGUGAUUCAAGGUCUCACUUUUUUUACUGGAGGCUUGAGUGGUCUGGUCUUACCUUACAAACUGUAAUAAGCUCUCUGAGGGGAGGGAAGGGAACUUGAGUCUGGCCAGGAACCCAUGUAAAUUUGGAGGUGGUGGAGAAGAAAGAAUAAUCAACCCACAACCUCCUACCUCUUAUAAGUAAGAAUGCUCCUCUAUUUUCACUAUCCUCCCCUACUGACCCUGGGAGCAUUCCCAGAUCUGAAACUGGAUUGUAAAGUCUCCGUUCACACCUUGAUAGUUCUGGCAAUGUCUCUGUUCCUCCCCUCAUACAUCCAGCCCUAUUUUUUAGAUUUAUUUUGUGCCUUAAAGAAUAAUUUCAGAAAUAAAAUGUAGCCAGAUACCUUGUGGUGUUCUUUUAUUUGCUUGGAGUUAUUUUUCCUUUUACCCUUCUAGUCUUUUAUCAGUGCUUCUCAUUUUCCAGGCCUGCAGUGAUUGCUGUUUAUGUAAAGACAAGAAAGUGUAAUAUCUGCUGAUUGUGAAUUUGUUCUUAUCUGCAGUAUCACUCAACCCUUUCCUUACUGAGUAGUUGUUUUUGUCCUGUCAAGAAUAUUGAGUAUACAGACAUUAUUUUCCACCAGAGCCUUUCCUGGUUCUUUUGGGAAAGCUGCAAUUCAGCCAAAGAAGAAACCCCUGUGGUGCAGUGCCAUGAAAGCUUCUGCCUGUUUGCACUCGUUUGGAUGCUCAGUGAGUACAAAAGGAGGAGCUGCUUCCCCGUGUGCGUCUCUCUCCCAUCACCUGCCUGCCUCUGCAGAAAGCAGAUGUAGCCAAGGGGGUUUUAGAAACUGUUUUAGACACUGGCCUGAACCUUGUGAGUGAUUGCAAAUGUUAAUAGAUGCUUUCAUGAUGUUUCUGAGCUGAGAAAAGAAAUUGGUGCAUCUCCCCCGCUGUCAUUGACUUGUUAAACUUGCUUUUUGCAGAACACCAUUUUAACACACCUGGACAAGAAAGUAGAUGUGAGGAUUGAAUUUUGGCAAUUUUCAGUUGCAUUCCUACCCUGUAGAACUAAACAAUGGGUUUAGAGGGGAAAGAUAUUUUUUAAUCUACUUCACCAUAUAGCAAAGGUGCAGACUAUGACAUUUUGUCAUUUCAGUGCUCUUUCUCAAAACCAGCAUGGUGAAGUGUGAAGCAAGACUGAAAAAGUAUCACAGAAGUUAAAUCCUCAAACAGGGCUGAAAUAUUCUAAGAGAUUAUGGGUUCUGUAGCUGUGGUUCCUUUGUUUAGAACCUUUACAACGAAAAAAAGGGCAAUGUAGACAUCUAUCUGAUUUAAUGCACUACUUCAUGUAGCUGGGAGUGUCACUUCUCUCAGGUGAGUUAUGGAUAUUCUCUGUAUGAAAACUUGCAUUUAAAAGUUGCAUUUUGGCAAGCAAAACUUCUGGCUUAAUCCAAGUAUCCUCAGAGAAGGUUCACACUGUAUAUGAACAAUGUGUAACCUUUCCUUUGAUCUGCAGUUGUCCCUGUAUUUCUGGUGCUAUUAGCAAAAGCUCCUUGAAUUUUUCUGUGUUUAAGUAAAUAUUCUGUUUGCUUAUUUUAAGGAAUAAUUACUUAAUAAUGCAUUUAGAUUGUUUGUGGAAGUAGACUAAAUUACAGUCCUUAUAAAGAUAGUUCUGUAAUAGAGAUUAUAACAGUUAUUUCCAGUUGAUGGCUGUCAAGUCCUUGGGCAAUUUUUUUGUUAAUGUGUCUUUGAGGUGGUACCAAAGAGCCUUUGGCUGUAUUAGUAGUAUGAAGUUUUACAGUUUGAAAGUUGAAAUAAACAUGAGGAUACAACCUAGAACUUCAUUUAUUUAGUUGUUAUUCCAGCCCAAACGAUAAGUGAGCUUUGUUAUAGUUGGAGCUUCCAUUUAGAUAUCCCUUGUUAGGUUUGUCUCCUUUGGGAUAGGCAGGGGGUGAAAGUCCUGCAUUAAAGUAUUUUCUUUCCUCCAGUGGAGAUAUUAAUAGGGAUGGUGUGUCAUUCCAUUUGGAGGUUUUGUGGGCUGCAUCAUUAGAGAAAGAAGAUUCAUACUUACUUACUAAAGAUUUAGUUCUUUGCUGAACUGACUGUAAAAACUGGCUUCUGUCUUACCAGCUCCAUUUCUGGCCUGUAUGGCAGCAGUUCUGGGUUUUUGGCAGGAUUUUGUGAGACACUUCAUUGACCAAAGACAUUGCAGCUCUGGCGUGAAUGAUCACUUCCCUGUUGUUCCAUCCCAGCAGGGCUGUUAAAGGUCGAAUUUCAGUACCUUGAGCAAGUACUGGUGGAGAAAUGUGUGAUAAAGCACACCUUGACUUUGAGUUGGUGUGGAGGACCUCCAAGAGAGCUGGUCCCUAAAUCACUGAUGCCCAAAGAGAAAACUAUCCCAGUUUUGUGCAGUCACUGUCAUUGUGAAACAGAUCUCUGCAGUGAGUUGCUAACAAACACGAGUAGAGCUUAAUUCCUUACCUCAUGGCAGUUUUUCCCAUGUAGUCGAAUGGCUGAUGGUUUUAUUAUCCUUUACCUCCCAGAAUGCUUAAAACUAUUGAGAAGCUUUCUGCUAGCAACAAUCAAUCAGAAACAAUUUGUUUCUUUUAUAGACUUUAUUUGAAAGUAUAACCAAAAUAUUUGGCAACAUUCAGUACAGGUCUGUUAAUACUAUGCUUCUAGACUGGUCUCUUCUUUAAUGAAAAGUAUCAAUCACUGAAGCCUUCCAAUAAUCCACUUUUAAAUAUGCUAAAAAUUUCUAUAUGAUUUUUAAGUGGAAUUGUUGAGUUUGGUUUCUUCUCUGCACUUAAUGCAAAUUUUUCCAUCUUUCAAUAGCUUGGUAUAAAGUUGUUCCUGACUCUGUGUCUGAAUUCUGUGAUUCUAUGUUUCGCUGCUGCCUCUGGGCACAUGACAUUUCAGCAGUACUGCCUUGGACUGAGUUGCCCAUGUUUUAGCAAAUACUGCACUGACUACAGUGGUGUUUCCCAUCCUUAUUUACUUUUGGGUGUGCUUUAGGUUUGAAUUGUUUUCUCUGUGUGUGAUACAAGGGCAUCUGGAUGUCCAAGUUGAAAGUAAUUUGAGUUAGUUCCUCUACGUGGAGAGUAGCCCUGCUGUGGAGUGCUGGUGGCAAAAUGGCAUUCUGCAUUUCUCCUAGUUACAGCUUCACUGGCCUGUUUUAUUGCAGUAUGGCUAAAAAACUAUUGGAUACAAAAACAUAAAUGCUAGGAGGGGACUGACUGCAGACUGCAUCAGUACUGUCUCCAGUGACAGCUUCAGAAAACACAAGGAUGCAGAUCUCUCAGCCUGUAAUUAAUUUCCAUGCUCUGAGCACCUUCCCCUAUGCAUUGGCCUGACGUUGCUCCUUGGAAUUGUUUGUGCUGCCCUUGGCCAUGUUAGGUCACUGAGCACAAGCACUGACACCCAUUCCCAAGGCUUUUAGCACAAGGCUGGAAACACUCAUGGUGUUCUCCCUGUAAAAUUAAGAGGUCUUACCCUGCUUCCAUUGAAAACAAAGACAAAACCCCUCAGUCUUCACUGGGACCAUGACUCAGCUCAAUAGUAGGAUCUGAACAUCAUUUUGUACUGUAACAGAAACAACCACUUCAGCUCUUCCUUGAUGCUGUUAGUCUUAAAUGUACAGUAAAUAAAACCAAUAUUAUAUAAAGGGAUGGGUCACGUCUGUUCCUGCUCCCAAGACAGCCAUUCCCCAGGAUGAGUAUUGUAUACACUGUACAAAAUCAAGCUGUGAUUCUGCCUUCUUCCACACCCUUUGAGUAUUCUCCUUUUGUGAAAAAUAUCUAUGCAGAUAUUUUAAAUAGAAGCUUGAUAUAUUAAAUAUAUAUUUUUUUAAUUCGUUGAUUUGGGUAGGGGUGGGCAUUGUAUGAAAACGCUGGAGGGAGAAGAAAUUAAAUGACACUAAGCCAGGCCUGCCAUGCAAAUCUGUUCCCUUCCAAACACCUUCUGAGAGGAGAAGGAAAAAAAUAAGGAUAGCUAGGAGAAAACAAAUCAAUGAAUUUUCCUUUUCAUCCCUUUUAAGUUAAAAAGGCAUCUUUCUUUCUCAUUGUCAUUAUGCAGGCUGAGCAUUCUUUUCUUCUUUUAUAUACAUAUGCCUAUAUAUAUGUACAGAUGUGUGUAUAUAAAUACACACACACACACACAUAUAUAUUUGUACUGCUGUCUUAAACUAAUAGGGUGUAGCUGUAAAUAAAAUUGCUGAGUAGUAGUUGUUCAGGGAUUCCUGUUCAGCUUUAGUAAUUUGUUGGAUAUCAGAAGUCAAAUGUGCAAAAUCCUUUGCUGGAAAAUUCCAAAUCUGAUUUCUUGUUUUGUUUUGCAGCUGGACUUGUAAAUACAAAAUAAAAAAUGUAGGACUGAUUUAAUGUCCACUUUAAACUGGGCAGUUGCCAGCUUUCCCCAUUUUUGUAUGUACUGUAGAUUAGUGUGUGUCUGUGUUAACUGUUAGUGGGGUUUUGUCUGACAAGCCUGGAAUUUAUACUUUGAAAUAAAACUACUGGGUUUUUAACA